ACUGAUCAACAUUAAUUUGUGCCGCGGCUGGUUCGUAAUUAAGGUGUUUCUUCGUGACAGGGUGGCAGAUCUUGCCGAUGUUCACGAGCUGAGAGAAUCUGUUAAUUUGAUACCAAAUUAUUAAAUAAAAAUAUAAUUUUAAUCCUGGUCAUAUAAUGCUAUACGCGCAGGAAACCAGCUACGAUGGAAAAAUCGCAAGUAUGCUCUCGUGGACGAUGUUCGAUAAUUUUGAGAAAUGAUUGGUUUAGUUAUCCACGUGGAUUAUAUUUUGUAUGGAGAACACCAAGAAUUCGCAAAAAUUACCAAGAAUUCAAAGUGGCGAAAAUUACUGUGUCGGCAAAUGUACCGUACACAGCAAGUUGAUGAAAUUACAAGAACUGCCAGUUUAUUCAGAUCGACGAAUCGAAGCUUUGAAUUCCACCAUGAAAUUCAUGCUGGAAUUUGUGUUUGGAGACCCUGAUUAUUCCGGGAGGAUGCAUCGGGAGUAAAAUACUACAAUUUCAACUUUGUUUGCUAUUUCUACCGCAAAAGGUCAUAAACUCGCAACGAACAUGGAGUCGGAAAAGGUUCAUAUUCACCUGCACUGAUUUGCAAAAUUUCAGCUAAGAAGAGCAAGGAGUGCAAUUGUCUCCAUCGACAAUGGCAAUCACAUCUUCCCAUUGGAGUCACCUGGGAAAAAGUGUGAUGGAACUGAUGACGGCGCUGCAGUCGACGGUUCGUAAAAUCUUCGUGACUUGCGUUUUCCGGUGCUGGGUAGAAUUAUGAACAGUAGGAACACCGUGGUACCUGGUUUUGAAUUGGUUAAUUAUUGGAAAUUCUCGAAGAUUGCCUGAUAUAUCACUAUCGAUUUCGUCAGAUCGGUAGACCUGUUGCUUUCUUUGCGGAUUACGUGGUAAGCAAGCCAGAAGUGUCCUUAUAUCAUCUUUUACACACGGAAAUUAACCGUGAUUGUGACGGACCCGGACGGAGUGUUUUGCUGCGUCGGAAGCGGACGAGUACGUCGGAAGCGGAUGAGUACCUCGUUACGUACGAGCGGACGAGUUGUGCGGUGAACGAUGGCUGCGGAACUCCCGGAAUCUCCGAACCCAUUAAGCUGGAAAAUUCAGCUAGAUGGUAAUAUCGUCGGCAUUGGUAUGGCUUUGGAAGUUGGAACGGCUGCAUCUGGAGAAAAUCCACCAGCUUGUCCGCCAAUCGUCCGACAACACGGAGAAGGCGACCAAAGUCAUGUUACCGGACUGGAAAUAGAUCUGAAUCAGGGAUACGAUCCGGGCGUCGAAAAGUCAUGGACUGCUGUGAUGUACAGGCAUUUAAUGCUGCUGUUAAACUGGAUGGCAGCACAUACUUCUUACUUCCGUGACGCUGCGCCGGAAAUUGUUUGCUGGAACGGGACAUUAAAGGAAAUCAUGAUGACUGCGUUUAAUCGACGGACCACGAAUGCCAAUGGAUGGAAGAUCGACGUUGUCCUGAUCGACGGAGUGCUGUACAUGGCACUGAACGGGUACACGCACCCGGGAAACACACGCAAGAAGUCGGAGGCUGAUUUGGAAUACGAAAAGCGUUGUGAACACCGCGGGUCCGUAUAUGAGGACGUGAUGACACGUAAUACAGGAGAGGCAGCGACUCUAAGCCAUCCAUUGAAGGACAAGAGCAGCUUUUAUUCGUUCCUGACGCGCCGCAUCAACGACAUCCGCGUGAUGUUUGGAGCGGAGGUGGACUGCCGCGAUCCGGAUGUCGCCGGCACGCCCGCGAGUUAUAUCGAACUGAAGGCUACGGCCCAUUGGAAAGCGACCGCCAAAACCGUAUCUCAAUGGAAAUGGACGUUUUACCAAUACAAGCUGGCGAAAUACUGGGCCCAGGCGUUCAUUGCUGGAAUGACUAAGGUGAUCGUUGGUCUGUGGGACGAAGCGGGAGUACUUGUGGAAACCCGCGAGUACGAUACGAACGACAUCGCCGUGCAGGCCAAAGCGGAGGCCAUGGCAACAUGGAACCCAGAGGAAGGCAUGGUGUUCCUUGGCCUGUUUCUGAAACAUGUGCGCGAUACCGUGACCAAGGAUUAUAAACAGAAAGUCCAGUGGGGGUGUACACGUUCGAGUGGUGUGCCGACAACAAGGACGAAGUGACCGGAAAUUUCCUUCCAGAAUCCGACCAAGACAGACAAGACUUUACCCAGCAGGUCCUUCGUGGCCUGGGCCGGCCGACGACAGUAGCGAAACUGCGGAGCGCCACAGGAAAAGGAAACUAACCCUCCUCACUUUCCCACAGUUACUCCAGAGUUAACAACGCGACUUAGAUAUGUGACGAUUUGCUCUUCUUGUCGGUGCAUGCUUUGGCAUUUUACCCGGUAACAUUUUGCUGCUCGGUGACUUAAAACAUUAAUGCGUUUUUUACCUUUGUAACUUUUAACACUCCGUUUAAAUGCUCUCCCAGCAAUUGAUACUUCGACUUCCUUCGCAAACCAAUCACUUAUACAGUCAUUCUUUUUUUACGGGUCAGUACAUCUAUCAACCAUAAGCACGAGGUACUGGUGACUGUCAUGUACACGUUAAUAGUAAGUGAUCGGUUUACGAACGAAGUCGAAGUAUCCGUUUUAUAUUCAGUAGGAAAGUUGUGCAGCGGUUUAUGGAUAAUUUUUAAUAAAUGUUCGACGUUG